GAGUGGCAAGGGUGUUAUUUUUGGGAGAAGUGAGGUCGAAGUUGUUGGUUAAUGAUAAGGAGAAGAAACGAGGAAGAAGUAAUCGUCGGAGGAGAGAAGAGGAUUAAUGGCGGUUGCAUUAACACCGUUUCUUCUGACCCUCCCUUCAAUUUCCAGUUCCAGCCAUAGUCGUAGCUUUUUUGUUGCUCCUUAUAGUAGUAAGCAACACAUUCGCAGCAUCACGAUAAAGUGUGUGAAGGUGGAUACAGAAGAAACAAAUAUCAUGUGUGAUCCUUGCAAUGGGAAAGGAUGGUUGGUCUGUGACUUUUGUGAAGGCCAAAAGACUAAUGUCAAAGCCCCAAACAACCGUAUCUACCGUCGAUGUCCAUCCUGCAAAGCCGUUGGAUAUGUGUUGUGUUCUAACUGCAAGGUCUUCAAAUGUGUCACUUUUCCUCAUUUCAACGAUUCUCCUAUUAACUAAUUGAGAGAGCUUCUACGGUUUGAAAAAUUUAAUUUUGAUUUUAAUGUUUGAUUCAUUUUUAAAUUAUUGAUUACUGAUUAAUGAUUAAUGAUCAAUACUAAUUCAUCUAGUAA